AAGAAUGGGAAUGGUCAAAUGGGAACUGAUGAAUUAGGUGAUAUCCUUCGUGAUUUGGGUUUUGAUUUUUCUACUGUUGAAGUUGAAGCUUUACAAAUGUAUUUGGAUAAGAAUAAUGACGGAGUUUUAUCAUUUGAAGAAUUUUACGAAUAUUGGGUAAAGAUUGCAUCAACAAAUGAACUUUCCAUGAUCCAAAAGAGAGUUGACUUGUUAACUGAAGCUGCAAGUUCAUUUAAAGUAUACGAUACUAAUGGAAAUCAUGUUUUAUGUUUGGAUGAAUUUGAGAAAUUCUACAGAGCACUUUAUACUCAACGUGCUGGUGCAUCCAUGGCAGAAAUUGAACAAUGUUUGAAGAGUUUGGAUUUGGAUACUAAUGGUGUGAUUAGUUUCCAAGAAUUUAUUAUUUGGUUGAAUUGGCUUCAAUAA